AUGCUGCCCCUGCUGCCUCUGCUGCCUCUGCUACUGCCUCCGCUGCUGCCCAUGCUGCCUCAUGCUGCUGCCCUGCCUGCCCACUGCCCCCCCCUGCUACUGCCCAUGCUACUGCCCUGCUACUGCCCCCUGCUACUGCCCCCUGCUACUGCCCCUGCUACUGCCCUACUGCCCCUGCCCUGCUGCCCUGCUCCUAAUGCCCCUGCUACUGCCCUGCUACUGCCCCUGCUACUGCCCCUGCUGCUACUGCCCCUGCUACUGCCCCCCCCCUGCUACUGCCCCUGCUACUGCCCCUGCUACUGCCCCUGCUACUGCCCCUGCUACUGCCCCUGCUACUGCCCCUGCUACUGCCCCUCCUACUGCCCCUGCUACUGCCUCUGCUACUGCCCCUGCUACUGCCACAACUGCUGCUAA